ACUAAAGUAACUAGUGACGUGUUCUGUACCCGUGUACUGCACCCAUCAUGCUGUACACAUAAGCAUAGGAACUUUUCUUCGUUCCGACAGGAUUCUUAGAUUCAGUUGGUUGUAUGUAUUGGUAUAUUUUGAGUUGAAUUAAAUCUUGAUCUGAUUAUAUCUGGUACAAGUCUCCUACUCUACAGUCAAGACUAAACUUGAAUUUUGGGAGGACACCCAGUCUUGCCAGUAAACACCAGGAGGCAGGAGCCACAGGCAGUCAUUACUUGGGAGUUAGCUUGAGAAGUGAACCACCUGCAACCACAAGGAUGAAGCUGUUUGCCAUAACCGUGCUGUACAAGGGGCAGAGCAAUGCAGUCUCCCUGUCCAGUGCUUACGAUCUCAACUCCUUUGGAUACUUCCAGAAAAGGAGUGCACAGGAGUUCAUGAAAUUCACAUCCCGAAUUGUAGUUGAGAGAACACAGAUUGGCCUCAGGUCCACAGUAAAAGAACGAGAUUACGACUGUCACACGUACGUUCGAAAUGACUCCUUGUCAGGAGUUGUCAUCGCAGAUCAAGAGUACCCAUCUAGAGUAGCGUUUACAGUAUUGAACAAGGUCUUAGAUGAGUUCUCCACUGAGGUGUCCAACAGCAGGUGGCCCACUGCGGCCGAGGACUCAAUAACAUUCAAGAAUUUGGAAAAAUACCUUGAAGACUAUCAGAAUCCAGCCAAGGCAGACCCCAUGAUGAGACUACAGAGUGACUUGGAUGAAACCAAAAUCAUUAUGCACAGUACAAUAGAUGCCAUGCUACAACGGGGAGAAAAGUUGGACGACCUGGUAGCCAAAUCCAAUGACCUCAGUGCGCAGUCAAAAACAUUCUAUAAAACCGCAAAAAAGACAAAUUCCUGUUGCAUCAUCCAGUAGAAAAAACCCUGCGUACCGCUGCACAGGUAAGGACAAGCAGUCACCUUGGUGAUUGACUCUGCCAGCUGGUUGAUUAACUUGGAAUACAUGUAACAUGGGCUGACAAACAUUCCAUGGUAAUGAACAGGUGGCUCCUUUCCAGUGAGGGCUAGUCAAGAUCAUAUCUCAGGUGAAUCACUGAGACUAUUAACUUCGCGGUCAUCUUGGUCUGGCUCCCAGACCCUGUGGCAUGGAAUGUUUAGGAAAUGGAGCCUUGCACCAGAGUAGCCAGUCUAUGACAUCUUGCUUCUGAACCUCCUUUGAAUUCUUAAUUAAAGAACCUCAAAGGUGCUGCUGUAUAUGCUAUUCAUUGUGGAUGGGGCGUGUUGAGAUGAGUGUUUCUAUAUCUCGUUUGAGAGAGGCUUUGCAUAUGAUAGUUACACAUGUGGAUAAUUAACUAUCUUGAGCCAUUGCCGGCUGUUGCAUAGUUCAGUAAUGCAGCAGUAUCAUGGGAAUAUCAACAUGAAUUAUGUUUACAAUGUCAUCUAACAAGUGGUUCUAUCACAUACAUGUACAUGCAGAGUGGAUAGUGAAUUGUGUAUGAAGUCGCAAGACCGUACAAACUAAUGACAAGUCUGAUCUGCUAAUUGUAUCCUGUCGCAUGCCAAAUCUCCUACUCCCCGUUAUUUUAAAGUAAUGUGUAACAGAAUUUGGCAUCUUUCAAGAUUAAAUAGUUUUAAUAUAUACGUACUUGUACAUAAAUUUUUGUGGGAAAUGUGUAGAGGUUUUCAAAUAUCAGUUAAAUGAAUGAUUUUCAUUUUGUUGUUUUGGCACCUUUCGAGAGUAACAUUGAGCGUGUUGCAUUUCCCCAAUGACCUCCAACGCACUUCAUUUUAAGCAUGCGCUGUUCGAAUACCAAACUGGCUUACUGUCUGUAGAUGUGAUUUGUCCCAGUGAAACCUAAAUGACGUGCCACCUAUUUGUUUUCACAUGGAGAGCUACUGGAGAGCGAAGUCAGAUGGCUUUGCGUUUCACGUUAUGUAUAGUAUUUUUGCCAGAAAAUUGUAAAUGCUCCUUUUUUCCUUCAGGUUGAAAGGUUGACUUAUUUUUUAAGUCUUUUCCCUUCCCAUGGAAAAUCAUUCCAUCUUACCAUAAUGGCAAAGUAAUUUAUUUCCUCAUAGCCAGGUCCCGUAUGUCCAGAGUUUGUUUGAAAUUUACCAGGGUAGAUUGAUGAAUUAAAAAUGUCUGGGAACCAGUGAAAUUACUUCCCAGAUUGUAUUAAAUUUAAACUGUCCUUUAUUGCUAACACAUCCUGCUGACCCCUCUUAAACAUUUGUCUUGAUUGCAACAGAUAUAAAGUAAUAUCAAUCAUAAAGAAGGGUAAAAAAUGUUAUGUACUCGGAGGUUCAUUGCAGGGCAUGUCUGUGAGUAGUCUCAAACAUUUUAGAGGCAAAACACUAGUGCAGUGCAUCUGCAUACAUUUACAUUACAAGUACACAUGAAAGACUUUACUUUGCCACCACUUUGAAAUUUUACAAUUGAAAAAGUCUAACAAAUUGUGACGGUUAAAGCCAUGCUCAUGGAAAUAUUGUAGUUUCUUGGACGUUGUGUUCCAAAUAUUUGAUUGGUAAAAAUGAGCCCUGGCGAAUUUGCUUGUGAUUUGCCAUCAAAUAAUUAAUUGGUAUAAAAAUUAUUAAAAGUGUAAAACCAUAUUUUUGAUUUCUUUCUCAAUGAGUGACCUGCUAAAUUUAUCCAAACUGUUUAAGGAAACUGGACAACUCUUAAUACAGUUGCAGUUAUCCAUGUAUACAUUGUAUAUUAGUGUAUAUUUGAAAGAUGUCUAUGACCUUCCUAAUCUUUAAUACUUCUGAAUGCUUUAGUAGGAUUCAAAUUUUUGGUUUGUUGUAUGGCUAGGCAGUGACCUGAAGUAUUGACAGUGCCCUGGGAAUAACACAUGCAUGUAUGGCAGCCACUUUCUAUAGCCACACGUUACUGCCGACUGUAGCUGUUUGAUGAGAUCGCUCCUGCCCACUUUCACUGUUAGUAUUUCAUUUUCUCAAAUCAAGAAAUGUUUGCCAGUUUGCAUUGUCAAACUAGUUCUAUAUUGGCAGAAAUAAAAAUAUGGUCACUGUGUAAUAGCACUUCAUUUUAAUCAAUAUCUUGUGUAAGUACCUGUACUUGUAUGUAUGAUGGGUGUGAAUGGCACUAUCGGUCGAAGAGCAUAAAGGUGUAAUUACAUUGUGCUAUCAGUUGAUCCCGCACGAAAUCUCCAACUUUACUUUCCUUUUUUAAAACUCUUCCAAACCGCAUACAGAAAGAAAAGGCUUAUAGCCGAUGACAAAAUUAGCAAAUUGUGCAAUAAGAUCGACAGAUCGUGCAAGAUCGAGCCAAUGCGAAGAUCGAUCAAUUGAGAAGAUCGAGCCAUUGCGAAGAUCAACUGUUUGUGCUUGAAAUUAAAUACAUAACAGCUUCAUGAUAAGGCACCGUACAUUUUGAAACCUUUUAAAACAUUACUGUGGUUGCUGGUUUUGUGUUGAUUCCUGUAUUAUAUUUGGGGACUCAUUUUAAGAAUGCAUUUAAUUGAUGUUUUGGUUUUUCAUUAACGAGCCUUGUGCACAAAAACACCCAUUUAUUUUGUAAAUAACAAUGUGGGAAAUAAAAGUCACUGAAUUGGCAAGAUGGUCGUUCAGCGAUGUUAA